ACCCAGAGGGACAGGCCCCAGCUGUCUCCCAAGGUCCUCCGCUCAGCUCUAAGGCCCAGGUCCCAGGCACCAUGGGGGAGUGGGCGUUCCUAGGCUCCCUGCUGGACGCCGUGCAGCUGCAGUCGCCGCUCGUGGGUCGCCUCUGGCUGGUGAUCAUGCUGAUCUUCCGCAUCCUGGUGCUGGCCACGGUGGGAGGUGCCGUGUUCGAGGACGAGCAGGAGGAGUUCGUGUGUAACACGCUGCAGCCGGGUUGUCGCCAGACCUGCUACGACCGCGCCUUCCCGGUGUCCCACUACCGCUUCUGGCUGUUCCACAUCCUGCUGCUGUCGGCCCCGCCGGUGCUGUUCGUCAUCUACUCCAUGCACCAGGCCAGCAAGGAGGCGGGUGGCGCGCAGCCCGCCCCGCCGUGCGCGCGCGCGGCGUGCCGAGUGCCGUGCUCCCCGUGCGCCCUGCGCGCCCGCCGCGCGCGCCGCUGCUACCUGCUGAGCGUGGCUCUGCGCCUGCUCGCCGAGCUGGCCUUCCUGGGCGGCCAGGCGCUGCUCUAUGGCUUCCGCGUGGCCCCGCACUACGCGUGCGCCGGGCCACCUUGUCCGCACACGGUCGACUGUUUCGUGAGCCGGCCCACCGAGAAGACGGUCUUCGUGGUCUUCUACUUCGCCGUCGGGCUGCUGUCGGCGCUGCUCAGCGUGGCGGAGCUGGGCCACCUGCUCUGGAAGGGUCGCCAGCGAGCCAAGCUGCUCCCGCCGCCGCCGCCGUCGCCCUCUCUGCCUUCACAGCGCGGGGAUCCCGACCCCUUCGGCCCGCCAGCCUACGCGCACCGCUCACCGGCCGGCGACAGCGAGGGCGAGGGCGGCAGCGGCCACAGCAAAGCGUCGCUGGCCACCGUGCACCAGGACCUGGCCAUCUAGCGGCGAGAUCGGAGGCUGGAUGUCAGCACCUGGGUCCUUGGAGGCAGAAGACGUGGCUUCUGAAAGACUGCAUAGGACCCUGCCUGAGCAGAAGAUGAGCAGAGGGGGCCCCCUGAGCGGAAAAUACGCAGAGGGGAACGCCGGGGUGAGGGUGAGGGUGGUGUCGCUAGUUAUAGCGUCCGUGUUGAAUGGGGGAGGCUCCUCCAUGCUGUGAUCCCAGAAGAAAGGGAAGACACCGAGGGUCCCCUGAGAGGAGGCAAACAAGCAGUGGGCGACUUGAUUGUUGCACCAGGGACAAAACCGACAGUGAUGGCAACAUUCCCAGGUCCCCCGCUAAUUCAGAGAAGAGUGGUUCUCUGUGGGCGCUGUGCACACAAGCACACCUGGACACACUCAGAUAGGUUGGUUGUUCGAGAACAGUAAACCUUUAUGA